GCCGCCGCCGCCGCCCGGAGCCGGGCCCUCCGCGGAGCCCCGGCCGCCGCCAUGCCCCAGACGGCCCCUCCGCCGCCUCCUUCCCCCGCCGCCGCACCAUGAAGCGGCAGAACGUGCGGACGUUGGCUCUCAUCAUGUGCACCUUCACCUACCUGCUGGUGGGAGCCGCCGUCUUCGACGCGCUCGAAUCCGAGGAGGAAACGGCGGAGCGGAGGAGGCUGGAGGCGAAGAGCCAGGAGCUGAAGAGCAAAUACAACCUGAGCGCUGAGAGCUACCGCGAGCUCGAGUGGGUCGUCCUCAAGCUGAAGCCGCACAAGGCCGGCGUCCAGUGGAAAUUCGCCGGCUCUUUCUACUUCGCCAUCACCGUCAUCACGACCAUAGGGUACGGCCAUGCAGCCCCGAGCACGGACGGUGGGAAGGUUUUCUGCAUGGUGUAUGCCUUGCUGGGCAUCCCGCUCACCCUCGUCAUGUUCCAGAGCCUGGGCGAGCGGAUCAACACCUUCGUCAGGUACCUCCUGCACCGCAUCAAGAAGUGCCUGGGCAUGAGGAGGGCGGAGGUCUCCAUGGCCAACAUGGUCACCAUCGGCUUCUUCUCCUGCAUCAGCACCCUAUGCAUCGGGGCGGCCGCGUUCUCCUACUACGAGCACUGGAGCUUCUUCCACGCCUAUUAUUACUGCUUCAUCACGCUCACCACCAUCGGCUUCGGGGACUACGUGGCCCUGCAGAAGGAUGAGGCCCUGCAGAACAAUCCCCAGUACGUGGCCUUCAGCUUCGUCUACAUCCUGACGGGGCUGACGGUCAUCGGGGCCUUCCUCAACCUGGUGGUGCUGCGCUUCAUGACCAUGAACGCCGAGGACGAGAAGCGGGACGCUGAGCACCGGGCACUGCUCACCCGCAAUGGGCAGGCCAGCAGCGUGCACACCACGGACAUGGCCUCGCCUGCACCCACAGCAGUAGCAGCAGGGGGUGGUGGAGGUGGCCUCCGUAAUGUCUACGCUGAAGUGCUGCACUUCCAGUCCAUGUGCUCAUGCCUGUGGUACAAGAGCCGGGAGAAGCUGCAGUACUCCAUCCCCAUGAUCAUCCCUAGGGACCUGUCCACCUCGGACACCUGCGUGGAGCAGAGCCACUCCUCGCCUGGCCGCUGCCCCGAGACCCCUUCCAACAGAUGCUUCUGCAACGCCCGCCGGUCGGCCAUCAGCUCUGUCUCCACUGGCCUCCACAGUCUCUCGGCCUUCCAGGGCCUCAUGAAGCGCCGCAGCUCUGUGUAGACCUCACUCCAUCGCCCCCAUGUGUUCCCCAAGCUUCGUGAAGCUCCAUGUAGACCUCACUCCGUCACCCCCGUGUGUUCCCCAAGCUUCGUGAAGCUCCAUGUAGACCUCACUCCAUCGCCCCCAUGUGUUCCCCAGGCUUCGUGAGGCUCCGUGUAGACCUCACUCCAUCAUCCCCAGUGUGCCCCAGUCUUCACAAAGCUCCGUGUAGCCCUCUCCUCGUCACCCCUCAUGGUUUUCAGGCCUCACAAAGAUUCAUGUAGACCCCAUUCCACCACCUCCAUAUGUCCCAGUCUUCAUAAAGCUUCAUGUAGACCUCACUCCAUCACCCCCGUGCACUCCAGGCCUCAUGAAGCUCCAUGAAUCGUAGAAUCGUAGAAUCAUUCCAGUUGGAAAAGACCUCUCAGAUCACCAAGUCCAAGUGCCAUCCACCCAUCCCCACAAUGCUCACUAACCCUAUCCCUGAGCACACAUCUCCACAUCUCUUGGGCACCUCCAGGGAUGGUGAUUCCACCAUCUCCCCUGGCAGCCUCUGCCAGUGCCUGACCACUCUUUCGGAGAAGAAAUUGUUCCUAAUAUCCAACCUGAAGUAGCGUAGACCCUACUCCAUCACUCCUGUGCACCCCAGGCCUCAUUGAGCCCCAUGUAGACCUUGUUCCCAUCACCUCCCAUGCACCUCAAGCCCCACAAAGCUCAGCAUAGUCCCAGCCCCAUCAUCCCUCAUGUGUGACCCAGACUUCAUGAAGCUCCAUGUAGGCCAUGUUCCAUCACUCCCAUGUACCCCAUGCUUCACGAAUCUCCAUGUAGAUCCCACUCUGUUACCCCCUUGUGUACCAUGGACACUUUGGCCAAGGUCUCAUCUUGGUCACAGCAUGAGGAACUUCCUCAUGCCUCAGGAUGUCUGGGGUCUGAUGCAGGGGGGACUGCAGCCUCCAAGUGGGCUGGGACCUUGGGACAUUAGGACAGCUGCAGGACCCUGGGGAAUCAGGAUGGCUUCAGGAUCCUUUGGCCCUGUUCAAGUCUUCGCCAGUUGCGACCGGAGCAAGAAGCAGGGGCCGCCAGUUUAUUUUAUUUUAAUUUAAUUUCAUUUUAUUUUAUUUCAUUUUAUUUUGCUAACCACUCCUCAAAAUGUGAAACUUGAAGACCUGGAGAGUGUGUUAACCUGAUGGAAAGCUGCUGGGGGGAACAAGCAUGGGGACAGCUCAGAUACACAUACACACAUUCUGUCUAGGCUGCUGGGGAGCCCCAGGACCCCCACCACCACCUCCUUGCCCAACUGUGCAAGGCAUGAGUGGGGUGUAUGUGGGCACCGUGGGCUUCGUGGGGCAGGGUAGGAUGCCCUGGAACACCAGGCUGCUGUGGUGUGCACACAACAAAUCAGGCUAAGAGGGGCUUAGAUGGAGAUUUUACUGCUCCUUGUUGGGGGGAGACACCAGGAGUCACGUAGAUGAAAAUGUCACCCGUGACCAACAAGUUCAGUUCUCUGUCCAGAGAUGGUGUUGCCCAGGGUGUCUCCAGCACCUUGACCCCCAUCCCCUUUGCACCCAAUUGCAGCUCUGGGGCUGGAGCUGUCGCCUUGGGCAAAGAAUUUGGGGAGGAGACAGCCUGGGGUGUGGGGAAGGUUUUCACCCUCCUCUUCACCCCUUCUGAGCUGCACCUCCAAGUCCGUGCCCCAAGGCACCCCAUGGCACCCCAUGGCACCCAGUAUCAUGAGCCCAGCAUGUGGGAUGCCCCCAUUUCUCCCUGCCCUGUGGCUCACGGUCUCCAUCACCCCUCAUCCCCCAGCAAUGAAAGCACAGGUCACUGGGGACAGGGGGACACCAGGACAGCAAGAACCCCCAAAACCCCAUCAGGGGGCCACCAGGACUCGGGGGACAACCCAGCGUGCCUGUCCCCAGUGAGGCAUUUCUUUUCUCAACUUUUAACAGGAGAAAAACGAUGUAUUUCUAAUACUUGAUGAUGUGUACAUACUGUUAGAUACCAGAGAGGAUAUUUAUUAUAAAUGAUGCUAUAAUCGUAUCUAUAGAAAUCUAUAAAUAUCUAUUGUAAGGGAGUCUUGUGGGAACCUUGCUGAUGACUCCAGGGAACUUCUUUUUGCUCUCUGCAUCUGUCUCAUCCUUAGGACGCCGGCGGGGAACAGAAUCCCCCCGACGAGGUUUCUCAGUUUCUCAUGCCAAAGUAUAUUUGUACUGCUGAUUUACUUUCAAUAUAGAGAGAAAUAAAGGCUGAUUGGAAUCUCA